UGAUGACGUCAUAGGGGCGGGGUGGCAAAGAGGAAGGCACCACAGUGAAGGCCCACCAUUUUACAAAAAAAAGUCAUAAGACUUCCUUUUUCUCUACAUUGGUGCGUUCCGGUGUGACAACUAGCAUUAAAGAUGGGGAAUCGGGCCACCCGCGACGACUACGAAUGGGUUUAUACUGACCAGCCACAUGCUGACAGAAGGAAAGAGAUCCUUGCUAAAUAUCCACAAAUCAAGUCCCUGAUGGGUCCUGACCUGAGGCUGAAAUGGAUCGUGUGCAUGAUGGUGGCCAUACAGUUUUUAGCUUUCUAUCUGGUCAAAGAUUUGGAUUGGAAAUGGGUUUUGUUUUGGACUUAUGCCUUCAGCAGCUGUAUCAACCAUUCAAUGACCCUCGCUAUUCACGAGAUCUCCCACAACACCGCCUUUGGAAACAACAAAGCUUUGCGGAACCGAUACUUUGCGAUGUUUGCUAACCUCCCUAUCGGCCUGCCGUACUCCGCCUCGUUCAAACGCUAUCACUUGGACCAUCACCGGUACCUUGGAGGUGACGGCGUGGAUGUAGAUAUCCCUACUGACUUUGAAGGCUGGUUCUUCUGUACCCGCUUUCGCAAGUUUAUCUGGAUUAUUCUGCAGCCCCUCUUCUACGCCAUCCGGCCUCUUUGCAUCAACCCCAAGCCCAUCAGUCAGUUGGAAGUGACCAACGUUGCUGUUCAGCUCAUCUUUGACAUUCUGCUCUACCGGGUAUGGGGGGUCAAGCCUAUAGUGUACAUGCUGGCUGGCUCCAUGCUGGGGAUGGGUCUACACCCCAUCUCUGGCCACUUCAUAGCGGAGCACUACAUGUUUCUCAAGGGUCAUGAAACAUACUCCUACUACGGCUCCCUCAACCUGCUCACUUUCAACGUGGGCUACCACAAUGAACACCAUGACUUCCCCAGCAUUCCUGGGCGGAUGCUACCUAUGGUGAAGAAAAUCGCAGCAGAGUAUUAUGACGGGCUUCCUCAGUACACGUCGUGGGUGAAGGUCCUGUAUGACUUCAUAAUGGACGACACAUUAAGUCCAUACUCGCGCGUCAAGAGGAAGCUGAAAGGAGACGUCAAACUGGAGUGAUUUCCAUUGGGUCCUUUAGAACAAAGCUUAUAGGUAUUAUUGAAAUAUGAUUUAAUUCACUGGAAAAUGUUUUAGUUUGGUCGUCAAGCACAUUGCUCAUAUUGUACUGUACAACUCAUGUGCAAUUUAACAACGUAUAUGGAACAUUGUUACAGUUUAUGGGCUAUACCUGAUAUGUGUAUAGGUCAAACUAAUAUUUUUACAAGAGUUAGACUCUUAUGUUUUUGUUGAAAAACUAUUUUGCAAUUUUGACUUUUUAAUGGAAAAACGUUUUUAAAAAAGAACAAACGAUUUUUAUCCAUUGUAAAAAAUAAUCUUCUAUUUGGCGUUUCCAUCACUUCAUGAGCCUUCAGCCUGGCAGAGGUAAAACGAGCACCCUUAGUCAAUCCAUAUAAUUACGAAAACCAAAUAACUUUGUCAAGUUCAUGAAUCCAAUGUAGACAUUUGUUUUCAGCUCAUGAAAUUAACAGUUUUGCUUUCACCUUUGAAAUUGCCAUAAUCCGAUUCAUUUUGUGUAAGCAUCUGGCCAGAAAAAAUUCACGUUGCCGUGCCUUGUUCUGAUUUUAACUGCUUAGCAUCCGACAUUUCAUGUGCUGCAACAUUUUACCACCUGUUCCUUACACAUUUAUAACUAAUGCACUAUUGACAAAAUAAGCUUUUGUUGCAUUUGAGAUUAUCUGAAAUUAGCGAAUAUCUGAUCAGAGAUGGACUUCACAUGUGGUCUUCAUUCAAAGUGACUAAAAGUUUUUAUCAAUAAAUGUUCAUAAUUUAUCAUGAUGACGUUUUGUGUCUUCACAGAAGAAAUUAUAAUAAAAUUGUGACUAAUGGAA